GUGUGUGUGCUCUGUGUAGCUUCCUUUCCCUGUGUUGCAUCCAUAGGGAUCGCUCGGUCAGCAGCUGUGGAGCUGCAGUGUGUUUUACAGGCACUUCAUUUUACAGAAAUUUCACCCAUGUCACUGCUUCUGAAGUACUUGACAAGCACACAUCUUGGUGUCCUCUCUGGUUCAUUGGACUAUUUCUGUAUUACUGAAAGUCUCCAAGUUUGGAGAUGUGGGUUUGGUGCAGCUCAAAAAGAGAGCAAUCUCCACCACGUUCCUCUUCAUUCUUGUGUAGGUUUAGGCUAUUUAUGUGGUCUUCACGUAGCCGGUGCUGGCAGAAAAGUCUGCAUGUAAUCAGCCCAGAUUGGGUGCUUUUCUGCCCUAACCCUCUGGCUGCUCACCUGCUGUAACUUCAGACCUGGGAGUGCUGGUGGCUGCACAUUGCUGUAUUUGUGCAGGCUGCUGUGCAGCACUCUGAAGUGGUGUUCUGGAGCUGGUGGGAAAGGUUUAUUGUGCAAUGCAUGUGAAACUGUGCCGUCUCAUGUGCAGAAUCCAUGCUGGUUUAUUCUGGCCAGAUUGCUUUUAAUAGUUCCAUUUGGCACCUGCUGAAGUAGAUAUUCCAGUGCUGAAGCAGUGCUUCAUGAAAACAUGAAAGAUGGGACAGAAAAGGUCAUUGUGAAAUGUGUAUUUUUCUGGAAGAAAAGUAGCUCAGUAUUUUCUGCCCUCGUUUUCAGGGCCUUUACUUGUUCACUGGUGCACACUUAUUGCUCUGUGCUGUGGUUUAGCAGUAUCUAUAUAUAGACAUCUCCAGAACAGGCAGGAGUGAACGCUUCCCUAGGAUUCAGAAUCAGUUCAUAACAGCCCAGACUUCAACAGCCAGUAGCCUAUCCUGUAGCCUGCCAUUGGCCAUCCAGAUAGCAGACUUCCACAGGGUAAUACAUUGCCUUCAGGUCAAAGUCUUCACAAUGUGUAGAAUAGAAAUGUCAUCACAAAGCUGUGCUCCUGCAAGCCAGUAGUUAGCCUCUGAGCUCUCAGCUGAUUUGAUGUGAGCUGAUGGUGACUGUGCCAUCCUGGCUGCUGUCCUCUUUCCCGGUUCAGAAUGCCUUCUGUGCUUUCAAGUAGAGAAGACCUGUGUCAGGUAGGUGCAGGUAUGAUGUUAAAAGGGAGGAGUAGCUAGUCAUAUAUGCUUACUGUAUCAGGAAGAAGUUCUCGUACAAAUAUGAAGGCAGCUGGCCUCCCCAUGGAUUUCAAGGUAAACUUUUAUGGUAAUAAAUAGGCAUGAGUUUAGAGGGAUGUCAUUCUGGGCUCCUGGAGAAGCAGCAGACAUUUUAGGAAGUCCCAGUACUUGAAGUGAUACUUUGACAGAGUAAGUGGUGUCCUGUUACUGGUAGGUCUUCCAAGGUCAAGUGACUUAAACCUUGUCUUUGAGUUACUAUUGGGAGGGAGAAAUAUGCAAACUCUCCUCCCUCCACAGAUAGAUCUCUUUCAAAAAGUUCCUUUCUGGUGUAGCAAACAGCAGCAUGUUAUUUUGUGUGAGUUAAAGACGGCUACUGUGCCAAACAUCACACAGUGGAGCAGCAGUGGGUGGGAGGUGAGCAGUUGUGUGUUGGGGUCUCUCUGAAACCAGGACUCAAAUUUCAUGAAGAACAGAAUUUUUCUUGUCAGAUGCAUGAGUUUUGGGUUUGGCUUUCAAGAUGGCAGGACCCAGUACUUCCUGCAUGAGGGCUUUCUGAGAAGACAGAUCUGUACUUUCUUUCCAGGGAUGCAUAAUCAGAAAUGUGUUUGGACUUUGUUACCCAUUCUAGGAAAUGAUGGGCAGUAUUCUGUAGCACUGCUACAACACAGUGCAUAAAAGCACUCAGGAAGCUUUGUUACGGGCACACUGCUGGAGUGUUUGAAAUGGUGGCAGGCAGUAAAGCUGAUAGGAUAGUUUGUAUUUCCUGGAUACCUUUUGUGGAAGUAGGAGUGCUUUGCAAGUCUGAAGAUUUGUCACAUCUUAACCUUUGUGUGGGAAAUAGGAUUCUCUCCUUACUGCCUGCAGAAGCUGAACUGUUUACAGGUCAGGUAGCAGUCAGAACUUUGCUGUUCUUUGGGACCACCAGGAGAUCUCUGUAAUCAUAUCCUGAACAUCUGUGUUUCCAGAACUCCUGCAUCUGAACUGGUUCUGGGCUUGCAUUUUUCUUGUUUUUUUUCUCAGCUAAUGGGAUGAUGCUUUACCCUGGAAGGCGAUAUUUUUGGACAUGCAUUGUCUGAUAGUCUGCAGAGAGGUUAUUUUUAGUGAAAAUGAGCUCUGCUGCCUUCAGUUGAGGUUCUGUGGCAUGGCAGCCAGUGAAUGCUCAGUGCUGGGUCAGUCCUGUUCUGAUAGAUAGGUUAAGGAAAUACUUCAAAGUUCUGGCUAGUUCAGACUUAGCCAUGGUUGUUAAUAUUUGUUCUUCUUAAGUGUAAGUGGAAAGAAAACAAACUAAUUUCAUUUGGAAGAAAAGCUCAGUUUCCUUUUAAAUGUGUUCCUCAUGCAAUUUAGUUGCAUUCCAGGGUUUCAUAACCUUGACAGUUAGGACAGCUCAGAUAAUGAUGGAGAGAAACUUCAAUAUGGCCAUAGAGAUAAGCUGUUCUGGGAGUACAGAGAACACUGCAUAUUUCCCAAGCCAAGAAGGAACCCGGGGCUGGGAUUAGAUAACUGUCUCUAAACAGAGAGGUGUAGAAGGGUAUAGAUAAACUUGUCCUUCCUUCUUAAAGGAGAGAUGGCAGUGUAAGAAAGACAUCCAAUGUAAAGCAGGUGUGCUUUACAUUGCACAAAAGGAAGGAGUGGUUAUGUACAUAAACUUCAUUGCUGGCAGCGUUUUGUUAUACUUCAGUGAUGAAGGGAUUGAAAGGAAUGGACAUCCUUGCUAGUUUUAUGUGGCUAAAUUUGCAGUGUUUUUGUUGGCAGGCCUUUAUUACCUAGUGACACAAGCAAGAGCACAGAGGUCUGCAGAGCAGCUGAUAAAACUCCUUGUGCUGAGCUUCUCACGAGUGAAUCCUGGUGCAUGGUAUCUCUUUAUGCUGCUCAGCCACAGUGGCCAAUUCCUGCAUUGUGUUAGCUCUGCGUCAGGGAGCCUAGCCUGUAAGUGAGACUAAUUACUUUGAGGCCUAAGGCAAGCUGCAAGGAAUGCUCACAGAUUGGUUUUCCCUGUCCAAAAGGCACCUGAAGAACUGAAAGAGCCUGAAAGGCAGUGUGUGUGUGCACAGUGUUGGAUUUGAGUUGCAGUUCAGUCUGCUGGGAGGAUGACAGGAACGAGUGGGAGUGAAACAGAUACGGGAACUGAAAUGGCUGAAGGUUUGUGGCUUAAGUAGGGGAAAAUGCGAAGGUGUUUGCUCAGGUGGAGGAAAUGAAUUUGCAGUGUUUAUUCUGAGCCACUGUUAUCACUGUGCUGAUCCUUCAGGGACUUUCUCAGCUGAGCGUGCUCUAGACACCAUGAACUUUGAUGUGAUCAAAGGAAAACCCAUUCGCAUCAUGUGGUCUCAGAGGGACCCCUCACUGAGGAAGUCAGGGGUUGGGAACGUUUUCAUUAAGAACCUGGACAAAUCCAUUGAUAACAAGGCACUUUAUGACACGUUCUCAGCGUUUGGGAAUAUUUUGUCCUGCAAGGUGGUGUGUGAUGAGAAUGGCUCUAAGGGCUACGCAUUUGUGCACUUUGAGACCCAGGAUGCUGCAGAUAGAGCCAUCGAGAAGAUGAACGGCAUGCUGCUAAACGACCGCAAAGUAUUUGUUGGGAGAUUCAAGUCUCGUAAAGAGCGGGAGGCUGAGCUGGGAGCCAAGGCAAAGGAAUUCACCAACGUUUAUAUUAAGAACUUUGGGGAUGACAUGGAUGAUGAAAGACUAAAGGAACUCUUCAGUAAAUAUGGUAAGACUCUGAGUGUUAAAGUGAUGACAGACCCCACUGGAAAAUCCAAAGGCUUUGGCUUUGUAAGCUUUGAAAAGCAUGAAGAUGCUAACAAGGCAGUAGAAGAAAUGAAUGGGAAGGAUAUCAAUGGGAAAAUGGUGUUUGUAGGCCGAGCACAGAAGAAGGUGGAGCGCCAGGCAGAGCUGAAAAGGAGAUUUGAACAGUUAAAACAAGAGAGAAUCAGCCGGUACCAGGGAGUUAACCUAUACAUUAAAAACCUAGAUGACACUAUAGAUGAUGAAAAACUGAGGAAGGAAUUCUCACCUUUUGGGUCAAUAACAAGUGCAAAGGUGAUGCUAGAAGAUGGACGGAGCAAAGGGUUUGGCUUUGUCUGCUUUUCCUCUCCAGAGGAAGCUACGAAGGCUGUGACAGAGAUGAAUGGUCGAAUAGUGGGCUCUAAGCCACUCUAUGUUGCACUUGCACAAAGGAAAGAAGAGCGAAAGGCUCAUCUAACUAAUCAGUACAUGCAGCGCAUUGCUGGGAUGAGAGCCUUGCCAGCCAACACAAUCAUUAAUCAGUUCCAGCCUGCUGCUGGCGGUUAUUUCAUGCCUGCUGUGCCCCAGGCUCAGAGCAGACCCACUUACUAUGCACCCAAUCAGAUGGCACAGAUGAGACCCAACCCACGCUGGCAGCAAGGGGGAAGACCUCAAGGCUUCCAGGGAAUGCCAAAUGCCAUGCGCCAGUCUGGACCACGGCCAGCGCUGCGCCAUCUGGCCCCUGCUGGCACUGCUCCUGCCUCUCGUGGCCUCCCUGUUUCUGCCCAGCGAGUUGGUGUUACCACUGCAGGACAGAGCUUGGCUCCUCGUCCUCCUGUAGCUGCUCCUGCUCCCAGAGCAGUUCCCCCUUAUAAAUAUGCCUCAAGUGUCCGCAGCCCGCACCCACCUGUACAGCCUUUGCAGGCACCUCAGCCUGCAGUACAUGUGCAGGGACAGGAACCACUAACAGCCUCCAUGCUGGCUGCUGCCCCUCCCCAGGAGCAGAAACAGAUGCUGGGCGAACGUUUGUUCCCUCUUAUUCAAGCUAUGCACCCCAGCCUUGCAGGGAAGAUCACAGGGAUGCUGCUGGAGAUUGACAACUCAGAGCUGUUGCACAUGCUGGAGUCUCCAGAGUCCCUCCGCUCCAAGGUGGAGGAGGCUGUUGCAGUGUUGCAGGCUCACCAAGCCAAGAAAGAAGCUGCCCAGAAGGUGGGUGUGGUUGCUGCUACCUCUUAAGCCAGGAAGACUGGAUGCAAAGAAGCCAAAUAGCCCCUCCCCAGACAUCAGCUCGAGAUGUUUGCAGAUUCUGCGCCGUCCUGCAGGACUCGAUGCCAUGCCACACAUCACGUAGUUGUAUUGCAUUUUAUAAAUUAACCCUUCAGAUCCUACAAAGCCAACUCUGUGCAGCUCUAGAUUGCCAAAACCAGAAUGAGUUUGCAAGCUUUUCCUUUGUGAUCAGAGCAGAGUUACCGUUUGUCUUUUCUAAUUGAGACGUCGAGGAUUUCUGGUUGGAAUGGUGUGGGUUUGGUUUUAACUGAACAGUCCAGUUCGGAAAGUUCUGGAAAGUCUUUUGUCAAUAAAGGAAUAAAAACUUUCUCUGCA